GCCCAACCCAAAACCCUAUAAGUAUAUUCUUCCGAAAUUAGGGUUUGCUGUCACAACCUCUACUUCUCAUUCUGUGUUCAGAUCAGAAUCAGAUCUCCGCUUCCCUUACUUCGAGUUCAUCUGCAAACAUGGCGACUCAGAUGAGUAAGAAGAGAAAGUUUGUUGCGGAUGGAGUGUUCUUCGCUGAACUGAACGAAGUUUUGACGCGUGAAUUGGCGGAGGAUGGUUACUCUGGCGUGGAGGUUAGGGUUACGCCUAUGCGAACCGAGAUCAUCAUCAGAGCCACCAGAACCCAAGCCGUUCUAGGUGAGAAGGGAAGGAGAAUUAGGGAACUGACUUCAGUGGUGCAGAAGAGGUUCAAGUUUCCGGAAAACAGUGUUGAGCUUUAUGCAGAAAAGGUGAACAACAGAGGUCUAUGUGCCAUUGCCCAGGCUGAGUCUCUUCGUUACAAGCUCCUUGGAGGUCUAGCUGUUCGCAGGGCUUGCUAUGGUGUUUUGAGAUUUGUGAUGGAAAGCGGUGCCAAGGGAUGCGAGGUAAUUGUCAGUGGAAAACUAAGAGCUCAGAGAGCCAAGUCCAUGAAAUUCAAGGAUGGGUACAUGAUUUCUUCUGGACAACCAGUGAAGGAUUACAUUGAUUCUGCAGUGAGACAUGUUCUCCUAAGACAGGGUGUUCUUGGUAUAAAGGUUAAGAUCAUGCUUGAUUGGGAUCCUAAAGGAAAACAGGGUCCUAAAACUCCCCUCCCAGAUAUCGUCACAAUUCACACUCCAAAGGAGGAGGAAGAGUAUGCCCGGCCUGCUUCUGUUUUGCCAACAGCUGAUAUUGAGGUCCCCGUUGCUUGAAAAUGUUUUAAUUGCUCUAUUAGAUUUAUAUUCUGAAAUAGCACCUUGAGUAUUUGAUGCCGAAGACCCAAACCGAUUUUUGUAGUUUCGUUUCUUUUUAACAAACCUUAUCCCUGAGUACAAGUAUUCAAGCAUAAAUUAUUUUAUAUUCCCCA